UGUAUUUGCGAUCUCAGUGUACGUGAUGUAUGUGAAUAAACUCUUAUAAAUCCAAAAUUUAUAACUCUUUAAUGAGUUAUAAAUCCGAAGUUUACUGCUCUUUAAUGAUUUGAAUAGUUUUUUAUUACCAUUUUGAUCUCCUAUUAUGAAUUAUUGUACUAGCAAUUUUGUCUACUUGUUUUAAAUUUUUAGAAGUUGCGUUCGUUCAACGUAAUCAGAAGCAUAUCUCUUACAGAGAUGAUUUUCCAGUUUCAUAUCCUUUUUUGAAAAGUGAUUAGUUAACCUGUACAGCAAAUAAUAAUCUUGAACAUGGCCGGGGAUAGCAUGGAUAUUGGAGAGGGAUAUUCGUCCAUGAUGGGUCUCAUGUACGUUUUCAACUUGAUUGUGGGAACUGGUGCUCUCGCGAUGCCUUCACCCAUUGCUGAGGCUGGUUGGCUUCUCAGUCUUAUCAUACUCAUCGUCCUCGCUUUUAUGAGUUUUGUCACAGUGACAUUUAUGACAGAAUCAAUGGCUGCUGCUAAUGCUGUUCUUCAUUUUCGUACUGUUAAGCAUUUAAAGAAAAUUAUAAAAAAUGAAGAUGUCAUAAUUGAUGAUUGUGGAGGCCAACAGUUAGUUGAACAAUUUGAUAAUGAUGAAGUAAUUUGCAAUUCAGCAGCAAAUGAAAAAGUUCCACUGUUGUUAAAUUCUGUUGAUACUAUCGCAGAAAACUCUACUGAGUAUUUUAAUAUCACUGAAAGAAUAGAAAUGGGAAAGAUGGCCAUGCUGUUUUUUAAUAAAAUUGGUGUUAACAUUUUCUAUGUUUGUAUCGCUAUUUAUUUAUAUGGAGAUCUUGCAAUCUAUGCAGCAGCUGUUUCAAAGUCUUUGAAGGAUGUAACUUGUUUUUAUACACCAAGUGGAGCUUGCAAUGUUACAAAGAACAAUUCUGUUUCUUGUUGGAAUCCUGAUAUUCCAGUCACCAGAGGAGAUGCUUACAGAAUUUAUUUGCUUUCAUUUUUGCUUUUACUUGGACCUUUUACAUUUUUUAAUGUUCAAAAGACCAAAUAUUUGCAAGUCUUUACUUCAUUAAUGCGAUGGUUAGCAUUUUCUACCAUGAUAAUCCUGGCAGCUACAGCUAUAAUUAAGGGAAAAGGUAAGGGACACCCACCUAUUGCCAGCCUCAGUGGCGUGCCUAACUUAUUUGGAGUCUGCGUGUAUUCUUUCAUGUGCCACCAUUCUCUCCCUUCACUCAUCACUCCAAUUCGUGAUAAAAGCCGCAUUUUUCGGCUUUUCGUGAUUGACUACUCUCUCAUUCUCGUCUUCUAUUGCCUUCUUUCAUUUACAGGCAUUUUUGCUUUCGACCAAAUCAGAGAUGUGUAUACCUUGAAUUUUGAACCCCAAAACUGUAACACCUCUUCCACGGAGGAAAGCAUAGUGCCAGAAAGCGCAGACUUUCUUCGAUAUUUCCUCGCUCUCUUUCCUGUGUUCACAUUGAGCACAAACUUCCCAAUAAUUGCAAUAACUCUGCGAAACAACCUAAAAUCUAUUUUUUUAAAUGAUAACAGGAAUUAUUCAUUUUUUGUUCAGAAACUUCUGUUCCCCCUUCUGGCUGUGGUGCCGCCUAUGGCCAUUGCUUUCAUCACGGAAGACCUGACUAUUCUUGUAGGAAUCACUGGAUCUUAUGCGGGGGCUGCAAUUCAGUAUAUAAUUCCUGCACUUUUAGUUCUUUACUCCAGAAAAUCUAUCUUAGCAUCAUUAGGAGUGGGCGUGACAAACAGACAUGCAUCUCCAUUUCGGCAUGUGGCUUGGAUUUAUUUUGUGUUGUUCUGGGCAGCAAUGUGCAUUGUUUUUGUAACUGUUAAUCAUAUCAUCACACAAAAAUAAAUACUGACAUCCAUUGUAAGAAACGUACAAUUAUUAGGAGUUUGAAAACCUUUAACCGAGCUAGUCAUAUAAUGAAAUAUAUCUUUUAUUAUUUCAAUGAAAUGUAGUAAUAUGAUAGCUCUAUAAUUUUUAUGGAAAUAUGUACAGUCGAACCCCGCUAUAUUGAAUCAGGGAUAUAUAAUGAACACUUGAUUGUGAUGAACAUUUUUAGUGAUCUCUUAUGAACUCUCAUUUGACUGACAUUAUUUUUAAACAUUUAUAGUGGGCAACUGAAAGAUUAAUGGUAAUUCACUUAUAGUUGUCUCUAAUUUCAUUUUCUCAAUUUUUUUCAUCUUAAGUUUGCAGGAAUUGUGAUUGUGUUGUGUCAAAUUUUACUCUUUCAUGUCCUUUGCUUUUAAACUAGCACAAACAAGCUGUUAAGCAGAAAAUUUGAUAUCUUUUAUCCCAGAAGUGAAAUUGGCAUUAAAUAUUCUGAAUUGUUUUUUUCUUUGCAGAAAUUGUUGACUAGGAAAUUCUUCACUCAUUGUUGAUAGGAAAAUUGGUGAACUCUACUUAAAAUCAAAUUGUAGUUAAUCAAAAAAUCAAUUAGUUAGGUUAAAAAAUUAAUUAGUUUCAUUUUUAUUUAAUUUAUUAUCUAUUAAAUAAGGUGAUAAUUUAUAAACAAAUUAUCUUCGACUGUAAUUGUUAUUUCCAACAAUACUAUUGUCAUAUGCUAAAAAAAUAAUUUUUCAAAGAAUUCAAAUAUCAUGAGGCAUUAUUUAUUUAUCGAUCCACAGACAGUUCACUAUAAUGGGGUUUAACUGUAUAUAUAAAUAAUUUAUGCAGUUUUUGUCUCUAAAUCAAUUACGCAAAAAUAUAUUUUGACUUCCAUUGUAAAAAAUAGAAUUUCUAAUCUCAUUUAAUAAAUUUGCAAAUCUUUAUA